AUGCCUCCUACGUGGGGAUCCAUUGGUCUUUCUGCGACGCCGUUCCCGUGGAUGAUAACUCCGUUUGGCCCCACACUCACCCCAUCCCUCCCUGCCAUCCACCCUUCUGCUCGCUCCCACCCCACCAUCCACUCUUCCUCCACAGCGCUGGCACUGCUGGCACUAAGGGCGGGGCUGGGCGUGAGUGCUCUCAGCUGGGCGGUGGACUCGCCCUGCACGCUGGCGGGCAACGCCCACGCGGUGGACAGCUGGACGGGCGUCGUCUGCGACCUCUCGGGCCAAGUCCUUAGCCUCAACGUGGCCUCAAACCUCUUGGAUGCGCGCAUGAGCGAGUGGGCUCUGCCUCUCACUGGCCUCAAGGCACUCAAGCAACUGUCUCUCAGCUACAACUGGUUCUCUGGCCCUCUGCCCUCAUUCCUCCUCACCAUGUCCUCCCUCACAGCCCUCAACGUGCAAUUCAACUACCUCACUGGUCCCAUCACCGGCACUCCCUCUGCCUCCCUCAAGUCCCUCAACGUCGCCUCCAACCUUCUCACAGGAACAUUCCCAGCAUCUUCCACCACCUCAUAUGAUGCACGCAGCAACUGCCUAGCAGACUCCUCCAAGUGCCUUGCCUCUGGCUCCUCCUCCCAGAGGCUUCCCUCUGACUGCAACGUCUGUGGUUUGGGGAGUUCCAGUGCGGUGGUGUGCAAUGGAGGGGCGUGCACCCCUGAUACUACUGAGCCGGUGGCAGCACUCACGCCAAAUAAUGCUUCUGCUGCUCUGCUGCCCAUGCAGUGCUCGGGAGUUCGCAUUGAUGCCACUGCAGUUUCGGUGCUUGGGAGUCUCAAAGCGGCUCUGGGAGUGCCUCUUCCGGACUGGGGAGUGAACUCCCUGUGCAUCGUGGUCAUUGUUGUUUCCGGAGUCAGCAGCUCCUCCCCUCACCCGAGGGACUUGGGAGGCGUGCUGUGCAGCCCGGCCGGUUCUGUGGUGGAGAUCAACCUCAACACGCGCCAGCUGGCUGGGUCCAUGCAUGCAGAUAUCUCCAAGCUCACUGCGCUCACUGCUCUGAGUCUGGGAUUCAACUACCUGACUGGGAGCGUGCCAGUGCCAGGCGCUGCUCUGAAGCACCUGGACCUCGAAAGCAACUACCUCGUGGGAACCUUCCCAUCAGUUUCCAUUCUUUCCUGCUCGGCACGCACCAACUGUUUCUCGAGUGCUGCUGCUUGCACGGCGGAUGGAGGCAAAGGGACUGUUCAAAGAGCCACGUGCAGUAUCUGUGGCAGUGCCGAUGGCACGGGGUUGUUGUGUGGCGGCGGUGGUGCGUCCACCUGCCAGCCCACAGCUGCUUCCCUCGAAACUCUCAACAACCAGCAGCUCUUUGGAGUGCUCCCUGCUGAUGUCACCAAACUCACAGCGCUCACUUACCUAAACCUGCAGUCCAACCUGUUCAAUGCACGCCUUGAAGAUUUUGCUCUGAGGCUUCCUGCGCUCACCAAUCUGGCAGUGCUGUGA